AUGCUGAAACUCCUAGCAAGACUCCAACUUUACUUCCUCCAUCAAAUCCCUCCUUCCUCAUUGCAUCUAGGGAUCGUCCUUGUGAAGAGCGGAGAUCCUCAACUCAUCGGCCUCCGGCGUCUGCCCAUGCUUGUUCCUAAAUUCCUCGAGCGAGACCUCGAUUUCGCAAUUGGGGACCGCAAAACCACGGUCUUUGAGCAUCUCGAGCAUCGUCCUCCGGGCCAGAUAGAAUCGGUGGCUGUCGAUGCUCCCGUUGUCCAGUACGCUGCUCAGGCAGUGUCAAACACAAGCUCAAGGGCAGCAGCUAGAGCACCUAACCAACCCGUUUUCAUUGCAUUCGGGACAUCUCAUCAAUUUCCCCUCAUCCCCUUCGUAAAUCUUUCGACUGCCAUUGCAAUUCGGGCAGGGCACAAAACGCGCAUCCCCACAUACCUCACAGGCAAACCCCAAAUCCUUAACCGGAAAAUCCUCCAGCAGCUUCGCCAGCUCACCAGCCUCGUUAAGCCGCCUGAUCUCCUCUGCCCCACCUAUACACUUCCCUUUGAUGAAAACCUGUGGCAAGCUUACAGCUUUUCCCUUCAGAGCUUCUUGCAAUUCGGCCCUAUAAGAUCGGUCCAUUGA